UUCAGAGUUAUGCAAGCCUGUCCAAAGAAAACCGUUCGCUUGCUGUCGGUUGAUUUUCUCUCACAACAAAUUUUCAAAAAAGACACUUGCCCCAAUUGAAUUCCGCCUCUCAAUUUAUUAAUUUUCCGUUUUUCCCCCAAAACUUUUCACAAAAUUCCUUUCCAGACGCAUUUUCCAUUUCUGUUUUUUUUUUACCUUGCAAGCUGCUUCUUAAUUUUUAAUUACCAAUUUACUUCUUCGGUUUCGAGUUGGGUUCAAAGAUUCCCCGGCACUAUUCUUCUUCUUCUUCUUCUUCUUCCAUUUUGCAUGAAUGUUCUGCACUCUCUCCGCAUUUGAACUGCAGAGCCGAAAGCUUCACUGCCUUCUGGCUUGUUGGGCCGUAAAAUAGAAGACAUUGAGCCAUGUUUCACUCACACUGCCUUCUUUUGAGGAAAGGCCCUUUGGGCGCCAUUUGGGUUGCUGCUUACUGCUUCAAAAAGCUCAAGAAAUCUCUGGUUAUGGAAACUGAUAUCCCCUCCUCUGUUGAUAAAAUUUUGCAAGAUGAACUAAAUGCUGUGACAUAUAGAGUAAUGGCCUACCUCCUCCUUGGCAUUGCCCGGAUAUAUUCCAAAAAAGUCGAAUAUCUGUAUAUUGACUGCAAUAAAGUGCUGACUGAAAUCAAUGAAUUUGUGGUCAGAACAAAGAAUAGCACAAACCAAACACCUUGUUUUGCUAUUACCCUUCCUAAAAGAUUUGAACUCGACAAAUUUGAUCUGGGCAUUCUUGAGGACCUUACUAGAAGUCACAUGGCAUCUCAUGAAGAGAUUACCCUUAGAGAUAAUAUAUGGAAAAAUGACAUCAUGCUGUUACUUGAUGAGAACCAUGGCCAGGAAAUCACUGCACUUCACAGUAUACGCUAUUCUGAUGAUACCAUAUUUGAAGAUGUCUUUUCACCUCACCUCAAGGACAUUGAGAUGCAGGCAAGCACAUCACAUCACCACAUUAUGCCAGAAAAAUGUCAAGUGAGUACAUUCUCUGAUGAAAAAUAUGAGGUUGAGGUAUCUACUGGAAUAGAGGAUGCACAUCUCAAAGCAAUUGAACAAUUUGAUGAGGAUCAUCGAUCUGAUGAAGAAGAGACGUGGAAGGAGAAAAUGCUGCAAUAUAGAAAUGCAGUCCCCGAAGCAAGCACUGAAAUGGUUUUGACUAAUAGAUUUUCUCAUGAAAAAAUUAUAAUGGUCAAGACCGUUUCUACAAUAGAGAGGGAAUCUUCAGAGAAUGUGAAAUCAUCAGACAAAGAUUAUCAGAGUGAGGGAAUGUACAGGGAACAAAUUCGAUCAGAGAAUGAACUUGAGUUCAUUAAUGGAGGCAAUAAUAUCAACACCUCAGAAAGAAGCAUAGAGAAACUUAGAGAUAAUACUAUAACUCUACUGGAUGGCAUGGAUAUUGAUAUGUCGUGGGGUGCACAAAAUGAACCUACAAAACUUAUUGUAAUGGAUAGUGAAGGGGAUAAUUUGAAAUUUCUUGAAAUGCAAUCACCUAAAAUGAAAGACUGUGAUGGUUCUAGAAAUGAUCUUCCACUAUCUAUUUCACUUGAUGGAGUGUUCGACUCCAAAAUUCCAGAUUUUACAGGUACUAAGGCACCUGAGUUUACAACAAUUUCAACACCAGCUAAUAAGGAGAGGCCUCGGACAUCAAGGAAAAGAAAAUGCACUGUUGAUGAUACUAUAGUAUUGCCUAAUGAGAAACUUAAACGAAGCAUAUAUGACGCUAGUGACUUAGUUUCGAAAAGAAGAAAAUGUCCUUGUAGUGCUCUUACUGCCUGGAAAGCUAGUCAAAUUUCUAGACUCUCCUCUGGCUUCUCAAUACCUUUGAUGUCCUGUGUUUCGUCUGAGCUUAGGUCCUUACUUUCUGAGACAAAAGUGAAUAUAUCUAAAUCUACUGAACUGGUGAAAUUUCCUGGAAACUUGGAUGUUCCAAGUUCUCCGGCUUUUCACAUGUUAGUGAAAAUGGAUAUCCCGUUCACAACUCUUGAAACUGGAGAACAUUCAAAUGAACCAGAGAUUUCUGGAUCGAUAACCAUGUACAGAUCAGAACAAAUCACGGCUUGUGUGGAUAGAGUUGCAGUUUCUGAAGCUUCUGUCCUGCAGUUGUCCAUUUCAGAACCUCAAACUUCAGAUGGACUCGAGCAAAUAGCAAUAGCACCUGGCACACCUGUUCGGUGCUCAACAUCAGCUAGAUUAUUUAGGAGUCCAGAUAGCCCUAAAGUUCCUAACUCGAGUGCACAGAUAAGGUUUUGUGAAGUGGAUGAGCCAGAAACUGAUGGAGGGUCUGGGAGAACCAGAAUGGUUGCUGAAUAUCUUCUCCAGCGGAGUCUGGAAGAGGCUGUAAAUUUGUCACAUCUUCUUAGCGACAAAACAAGAAAAGAGAGUGCUGGUGUAUUCUACGAGAUAUUGGUACUGAAAACCAAAGACUGUGUGGAUGUGAAACAAGAUUGUGCCUACGGUGACAUCUUAGUAUGGAAAUUACCAAACUAGGCAGCCUUUGGAACUAGUUUGUCCAUCACAUGUGAAGACUAGGUGUAAAUUUGUAGGACAGAAAUGGAAUUAGCUGUUUAUUUUCCAUGUUUACAGCAUGAGGCUAAUUUUGAUGUAUAGUAAUAAGUUAUAACAAUCUGUGUAGGUGUUUUAGGUGGAACUUCUGACUUGUUAUAAGUCGAGGAUAAAUCUAUUUCCAAAGGUUUGUUUGGAUUGAUUAGAGAAAAAAAUGUUUUUUUUUUAAAAAAAA